CCCAGGAUGCCAUCGGAAUUGGAGACGGCUAUGGAGAUCAUCAUCUCCGUCUUCCACCAGUACUCCAGCAAAGGAGGCGACAAGGAUAAGCUGAGCAAGAAGGAGCUGAAGCAGCUGCUGCAGAAGGAGUUCGGCUUGGAGACCCAGAAAUAUCCGGAGGGGGUGGACAAGAUCAUGUGCGAUCUGGACAAGAACGGCGACGGGCAAGUCAGUUUCCAGGAGUUCCUGAAGAUGGUGGCCGCCAUACUUAUAACAAGAAACCCUUCCUUUUCGGAGGAAACCUGAGCUUGCCGGCGGCCCUUAGCGGGAACGCAAAGCUCGGGAGUUUUGGGGGGGGCUUCAAGCCCAGCUGUCCCCUUCGCAACGCCUUUUCCCCCGUUUCUCGCGGCUUCUCUGCCCAACUGGGAGCACCCCGAGGUGGCAUGUAAUCGUCUGCUGGGACAGCCCUGCUGCUGAUUAAAGCUGUUUAGUGUGCA